AUGGCACGUUACUCCUCUUUCUUCUCCUACCUCCUACUUAUCUUCCUCAUCGGAAUCUACACCACCCAAGCCUUGAGCGUCGGCAACGAAGGAGAUUUUGAGAAAAGGCAAAGUUGCCCGUACGAUCAGAAAUGUGGAUACGCAUGCUGCAAGCCCGACGAGAAGUGCGAAUACAACAAGUGCGUUCCCAAGCCACCAAAGUGCGAUACCUACCAUGGCGAGUUCGUGUGCGGAAAGUUCUGCUGCAAGAAAAACGAGGAGUGCAAAGACUACAAAUGUGUUCCCAAGCAACAAUGCGACUAUGGCGAAACAAUCUGCGGAAAGAAUUGCUGCAAGAAGGACGAGAAAUGCGACUACGGCGUGUGCAAGAAGAACACUUGA